AACACCACUGGUACUUCUGGUGUUCCUGAAGGAACUGCUGGCCCACACAACUCCCGAGUUGCCAAUGCCGCUGACCCAAGAGUCGAUUCCGAUCUUGAUUCCUCUCGCCGAACUGGUGCUGUAGGAACUGGAAACACCGGCUACACUGGAACAGGAACUGGAGUUACUGGUACUUCAGGUUCAACUACCACCGCUGGCCCUCACUCAUCAAACCUCGCAAACAAGGUCGACCCCAGAGUAGACAGUGACAUGGACGGAUCUCGCAACAUGGGCGCAGUUACAGGUAACACUGGAGCAUCAGCCUACACCGGAAACACAUCCAACACCGGCUACGGUACCACUGGUACAACUGGCGGUAUUAGCCACUCGACCAACGCGGGUCCCCAUAACUCCAACUUAGCCAACAAGGCCGAUCCCCGAGUUGACAGCGACCUUGACGGUUCAGGAAACCGAACUGGUGCCCACACCGGAGGCCUAAUGGGAGCUUCUGGUUCUCACGCCACCCCAGGCAGUGGAACUGCUCAGAACACUGCUGGCCCUCACAACUCUGAUCUUGCCAACAAGCUCGACCCUCGUGUUGAUGCAGACUUGGAUGGUUCCAAGACCUAUGGUGGCAACAAGACCCACGCAUAA